ACCUUCUAGAUUUUUUUCCGCUGCCUCAAUGGAUCUCUGGGAGAGGGCCCGGGCCUUCGCCGGCGAGGCGGCGAAGCGGUCGCAGGAACUCUCCGCGGAGGCGGCCAAGCGCUCGUCGGCGCUGGUCUCGGAGACGGCGAAGAAGUCCAAGGAGAUCUUCUCCGAAACCGCCUCCAAGUCGCGGGAGAUCGCCGCUGAGGCCACCAAGCAGGCCGACCUCCUCGCCGGCCAGAUCAAGCACCUCGCCUCCGACCUCCCUGUGCCUUCGAUCCCGCCCAUCCCCGCGAUCCCGCCUAUCCCCGCCGCUGCCUCGUCGGUGCCCGACGCGGCCGAGCUUGAGUGCUACGGCAUCACCGACGACCUCCGCGAGUUCGUCAAGGGCAUGACCAUAAACACCUUCCGCGACUUCCCACUGCAAGAUGAGCCUGAGGUGUCUGAUGUGCCAACUGUGUCGAAUGUGCGUCAGGAUCUGAACGAGUGGCAGGCCAGACACGGCACACUUGUCCUCUCGGCAGUCAAGGAAAUAUCAAAGUUCAGAUAUGAGCUAUGCCCAAGAUACAUGAAAGAGCGCAAAUUCUGGCGGGUAUAUUUUUUGCUAGUAAACAGCUAUAUAGCUCCGUUUGAGAAGAAAUACUUCGAGGAGCUGAAAGUGAAAGCAGAGGAAGAGAAAAAGGAUUCCCAGAAGGAAGCAUCCCAAGCAUCUACAACUGCAGAACCGAAAGACACAAAAGUGCCAAGCAAGACCUCUUCGACAAAUCCAGAACAUGACCUGGAUGUAUUUCUGCUGGGGGAUCUGGGUAGCGAUGAUGAGGCUUCUGUUGGUGGUGAUGAUGGGCUAGAUGAUGACUUUGAUAAGAUUGAUGCGACCUCGGGAUUGGAAAGUGAUGACGAUGACAAAAAGGCAGCAACAGGGAAGGCAGAAGGUGUGUAGUAGUAGACUAUGGUUUUGAGAGAUGACGCCAAUGAUAGCGAACUUCAGGAUUCCAUGAUGAUAUUGUAUAUUAGUUGAUCGCAUGCCGUAUGUUCAUUUGUUAUCUCCCAAUGAAGGAAUGCUAAGCACUUGUUAUUACAAUUUUCGAUUUUUUUUACUAAACUGAGACACCUAUCUAUGGAUGGUGUUACUCUUUUCUUAUUAGAAGUGUUCUGUGAACUGUCUCUACGAAAUUGAACUCCGACUGCUCGAGACUGUAAUUCACAUGAUGCACCCGUGUGUGAAGAUAAUAGAUUUGG